CUUGCGUACCCGAUAAGAUGAGCCCCACUCCAUGCAUGCACUCCCCUUCCCGGUGAAGGAACAUCCGGGGCCGCCCGCGCAGGCGGCCGGGCAUCGCAAAACUUGGAAGACAGGUCCUUGUGACCUGGUCUUUCAUUUCCAAGGGGUUGCAGCUCCGCGCAGCUACUGCGCGGCCUGUUGGUGGCCGAAGACGUCGAUUUCGAGGAUCAGAAGUGAGGUUUCUGAACGCCCGGAAAUCCCUCACCACCCCGCCCGACAACCGCGACUUACCGACACCAACGACAAGAACAAGCUGCAACAAACUUUGCAGAAUCAGGGGGAUACUGGGUACGAAAACCACCCGACUCUUUCGACGUUCUGAAGAAGAGACAGGGCACCCCCGGCCCUGUCCAGUUCUGGGAGAGCGAAGUCAAGAGUCUUGGCGGCAAACCCGACCGGUGAGACGACGCUACGAGGGCUGGAGCGAAAGCUGCUGUACGACUCCGAUGCAAGAGUUGUUAAUCGACCGAGGAGAAGGAAGGUGACGGGUUCGUUAAGGGAGACACACAGACGGCUGGCCUUCCUGCGAGGCGCUUCGCCCUC